AUGAACCCUUUCCAUAAGUCAAGCCAGACAGUGGGUCCAAAUGAAGUAUUUAUGGGAAAGCAAAUGAUUAACAAAUUCGAUUUUUGGCUCUCUUCUUCUCCAUACGGAAUCUGGUUUACCAAAGUCAAAGACGAGAACCCUUACGCUGUUUGUAAACAUGAUGAAUGUGGGCAUAAAUUCUCGCUUCAAGGCAAUCCGAUAUCAUCAAAUUUUGUCAGACAUCUCAAACGUAAUUAUGGCGAUGACUUUGCAUUAUUUUGCAAGAGUUUGAACGGAAAGCAGAGGACUCUGGAAUCAUUUUCCACAGUUCUUUCGACUUCUUCAAGACCCAUUCCUCUGACAAAGAGAUUCGUGAAGUUCUCGGCUCUUAAUGCAAGCUGAUUCAACUCCAUGCUUUUAUUGAAAACUUUGUUCCGUUCCAUUUGGUUGAGGCACCUGCGAUGAGAUCGUUUUUACAAUUUCUCAAUACGUUUAACCGACCUCUCAUUUUAUCGCCUAAAGGGUUGGUUGAUUAGACUUCUGAACGACUAUGAACACGAGUUCAGCAAAGUAUUGAAGUCUACUUUGCGACACUCUUUCAACUUCAACCUGCUGCUAGACAUGUGGACGUCCUCGAGCCAAAAGAGCUAUUUAGUUGUCAUGGUAUCAUUUUGCCCACACUUGAAAAAGAAGUCGCACUUGAAGAAGGAUGAUUUGGUGAUUCCAGGAAAUCAGAACACACACGUCCUAGAUUUCAUAGACAUGAGUGAUAACAGGCACACAGGAGAAAAUCUUAAGACUGCCUUAUUGGAAUGUCUCGCGAAAUAUUUGAUCAGUCACAAAAUUGGCAGCAUCACCCUAGACAAUGGGUCCAACAAUAUCUCAAUGCUUGAGAACCUCGAUGAGGCUCUUGAAUUAGGAUUCGAGGUUACUGAAUCUAGAAGCAUUACAAAGAUCCGGUGUAUGAACCAUGUUUUGAAUCGCGUUUUUAUUGAUUUAUUCAAAGCCUUUGAAUUACAUCACUCAAGCUUGCUCUCAAAAUCGACAAAAUCUCAUACUAUACCAACAGCAAUGUUUUUGUCAAGGAAAAACUUAGAGCCUACCUUCCUUCCCUGCUCUAUUCCAAAGCAUACACUCACAAGAUUCCUUUCACGCCAUCGCCAGCUCAAGACCUUCCUCAAAGUAUCCAAACAAGUUAAGAGGUUCUACUUUAAUCAUCGGCUUCAGCCUUAAUUCCAAUUGAAGCCAGAAGAUGGCCCUGUUUUCUGUUACAAAGAAGAAAUAGAAUCUGUGACGUUUUGCAUUCGCAUAACGCGCGUGUUCGAGGAGCUCACCAAGCUUCUCCAGAAUGACUCGACCAACUCCGUUGUGAAUGGGAUCGACUACUACAAAGCUAUAAAUCGGUACUACGACGUCAUUGACGUUAUGCAAAAGGGCUCAAUAGAUUUGGAGACAAUACAGGGAGUUGGGCCUACACUCACCGACUUACCUCCCGACGAUACAAUGAAAAUAAUACUUGACGCGGUGGCUAGCUCACGUCCCAAAUUCGAGAAAUACCUGACUAUCGCCUAUAAGGAAACUGGAUAUUGAGUUGCUCAUAUGCUGCAGCCACAUUGCAAGCUAGACCUACUAGACGCAAUUUUGGAUGAAACCUCACGAAACGAAGUUAUGAGAGCAACUGAACGUUACGUAACGAGUUACUGCAGACAAUUUGCCGAGGGUUUAGAAGAUGCUUCGAGGACUGAAGAUCAAGGGACCCCCAAUGGAUCCAUUUCUGAACAUCGUGGACGAAACGUCACAUCCAUCCUUAUCGACCAAGGCAAUCAACAAAAAAGAGUAGUGGGGACCUCUUCAGCAUUGGGAGAAUGGGUAAUUUGCUUGAGAGAGCCAUCUGAGAAAAAUCCAACAUAUUUGGACUACUGGAUAAAGAAUCAGAGUCGCUUUCCCGCAAUUUGCUCGCUAGCCCUUUCUUUCUACAACACAAGAUUAUCGAUUGCUGAUGUUGAAAGAUGUUUCUGCAUCAGUUAGAGAGUCUUGGACAAUAGGUUCUUGCUGUCGAGCUCGAACUUGAGCAACAGGAUGGUGCUGAGAAACCGAAUGAAGUGCAUUGAUAUAUGUUCGGAAAUGCCAGUCGUUGAAAGCAUUCCCAUAGAGUGGACAAGUGAAGAUACUGAUUUGACCUCAUCUUGCACUGUAGAAUCGUCUGCAAUCAACGAUGAUGACGUACGGAUCUUGGAAGAUAAGUCCAGUGAAGAAAGUGGUAGUGAAAAC